GGGGAAAUUAGGCUGUGACAGCAGCCCAUGGAAAGAACCACCAGGGUUCUUCCAGAUGAGGUUUUUCUUGUGCAAUUGCACUGCGUCAUUCAUGAAAGUGUACAGGGAGUGCAGGCAAUGCGAUUUUCAACUUGUACCCCUCCUGUGCUUUCCUGGAAAACCUGUGUUAACACAGAUAAAAUAUCUGCAGAGUGCCUUUUGACUGUUAGCUUCCCACCAUCUGGAAGCACCCCAGGGUUCCUAGUUCUGACUGUGUGUAUCCACAGGCCCCAUCUGGCUGGACAACAUGCGCUGCUCUGGCACUGAAAGUUCCCUGGCUGAAUGCGGAUCCAAUGGCUGGGGUGUGACCGACUGCAACCACAACGAGGACAGUGGUGUGGAAUGCACAGGACCGCGCCGAACCAGCCAGACUGCUUCACUCAUCCAGCUCCAGGGCUCAAAAGUGGAAGAAGUCCGGAUCAAGCCAAUCCUGGCCCGGGCUAAGUUGAAUUCCCCCAUCACAGAAGGUGCUGUGGAGGUGAAGCUCCAGGGACGCUGGCGCCAGGUGUGUGACGCUGGCUGGACUCGCAACAACACCCGAGUGGUGUGUGGGAUGCUGGGCUUCCCUCGUGAAGGACGGGUUGCCACAGGGUUCUACAGGAAACUCUGGAACCAGAAGCUGAAGGAUCCGAGAUCCAGCUUGAAGAGCCUGAGUGAGAAGAACAUCUUCUGGAUCCACCGGAUCAAAUGCCUGGGCACUGAGGCCCACCUGGGUGAAUGCAAGUUGCACGUGGCCCCAAAGGCAAAAAAUCAACCUGCGUGUCCCCGUGGCAUGCAUGCCCUGGUCAGCUGCAUAGCAGGCCCAGAGUUCCAGCCCAAGAAAGCCAAGCUGCCAGGCAAGGCCAAGGCCAAAGAGGAAGCCCAGGUGCGUCUUCGUGCAGGUGCCCACAUAGGCGAGGGCCGUGUAGAAGUGCUAGUCGGUGGCCAGUGGGGCACUGUAUGUGGUGAUGGCUGGGACCUGCCUGCUGCCAGUGUAGUGUGUCGACAGCUGGGAUAUGGCACGGCCCGAGAAGCUCUGUUGGGGGCCCAACUGGGCCAAGGUCUGGGUCCCAUCCACUGGACCAGAGUGCGAUGCAGGGGCUAUGAGCGCUCAUUGGCAGACUGCAGCUUCCAAGAAGCAACACAGACCGGGUGCCGGCAUGAUGCUGAUGCAGCUGUUCGCUGUAAUGUGCCCCAAACAGAUGCUUCCCACCAGGUACGUCUGGCUGGUGGGCGCAGCCCAGAUGAAGGUGUGGUCGAAGUCCUGAUGUCCAGGGGAAGUACUACACGCUGGGGUGCCGUGUGUGGGGAACACUGGGGACUCAAGGAGGCCAUGGUUGUGUGUCGGCAAUUGGGGCUUGGUUUUGCUAGCCAUGCUCUCCAGGAGACCUGGUACUGGCAAGGCAACUCAGAUGCUGCCGAGGUGGUGCUGAGUGGCGUGCGUUGUAAAGGCACAGAACUCUCCGUCCUGCACUGCCAGCACCAUGGGCCUGUCCACUGCCCGACUGGAGGGGGCCGUUUUGCUGCAGGAGUCACCUGCACCAGCACUGCCUCAGAUCUGGUGAUAAAUGCCCAAAUGGUACAGGAAACGGCUUAUCUAGAGGACCGCCCACUGAACAUCCUGUACUGCGCCCACGAGGAAGGCUGCCUUUCUGCCUCUGCUGAUCACAUGCAGUGGCCCGAGGGCCACCGGCGCCUGCUGCGCUUUUCUUCCCAGAUCCACAACCUGGGUCGGGCCGACUUCCUCCCCAAAACUGGCCGCCAUGCGUGGAUCUGGCACCAGUGCCAUAGACACUACCAUAGCAUUGAGGUUUUCACCCACUACGACUUAUUGACACUCAAUGGCUCCAAGGUGGCUGAAGGUCACAAGGCCAGCUUCUGUCUGGAGGACACCAACUGCCCAGAGGGAAUGCAGCGGCGUUUUGCUUGUGCUAAUUUUGGAGAGCAGGGUGUCACUGCAGGAUGCUGGGACACAUACAGACAUGACAUUGACUGCCAGUGGGUGGACAUCACGGACGUGCCGGCUGGGAGUUACACCUUCCAGGUGAUUGUGAACCCUAAGCAUGAAGUAGCAGAGUCAGAUUUCUCCAACAAUAUCCUUCGCUGCCAAUGUCAGUAUGACGGACACCGCAUCUGGAUGCAUGGCUGCCACACAGGUGAUGAAUAUGGUGCCAACAUCGAAUGGGACGAGGAGGCACAGCAGAGACUGACCAGCAACCUAGUCUGAGCCAAACGCCCCACAAGGAAUGAGGGUGCUCAGGGCUUCCUGCGCCCAAAUUUGCUCAAGGCUCAGAGCCACCUGAGAAGGGCAACUGAAGAGCCGCAGCAGGCACUGGCGGGUGCAAGAAUGACAAGACUGCUGGCAAGUUCCCCUCUAUGCCCCCCUCUGCCUUGGGAUUGCAGCGACCGCAGCGCCUUCCAAGCCCGCGUGGCCCUGUGCUGGCUGUCGCCCCUUUUGACUGCUUAUCAUGGCCCGGCCUGCCUGGUCUGUUUUCCAUCUGGAUUGAGAUUGGUGGCUAUGGACAGAUGAGGGGCUGAAAUGAGUUG